CUCCUGGCCUCCUGCAGGUGCCGCCCUCCUCCUCGCUGGGGAGAGGCCAAAGGCGCGGCUGGCAGGAUGCAAACCGCUCCCGAGGAGCGCCCCCCGGAGCCUCCUGGGCCCGCCUGGCACGAGAGGGGGCUGUUGGGACACGCAAUCCUGGCGCAGAGUGACAAAAGGCAGGACCCCGCGGCUGGGGCGGCGGCGGGCAGCGAUGCGCCUCUUCCCUUCGCGGCGAGCGGCUCUCCUCCGGAGGAACAGCGCCACCGAGAAAGUUUCGUGCGCGCCGGCGGCGGGGGGACGCGCCCGCGGGCUCUGAGUCGCCGCCUUGGUCGGGAGCCGGGAGCAGCGCGGGCGAGGGGCGGUGUCCCUCGGACUCCCUCGGCCAUGGCGCCCGGGGCACCCCUGAUGCUGCUGCUGGCGCUGCUGCUCCGCUGCUGCUGCUGCUGCUGCCUGGGCCAGAGCAGCCUCGCCGGCGCCCCCCGGGUCUACCUAACCUACAAAGGUAAGAAGAAGAAGAAGAGGGCGGCUCAGCGGGUCUCAGAACUGCUGGAGACACGCACUGCCCGCCCCUUCAGCUUCUCCUUCAACACAAGCGAUUAUCGGAUCCUGCUGAUGGACCAAGACCAGGAGCGGCUCUACCUGGGGGCACGAGACUUCCUGGUGGCCUUGGAUCUUCACAAUAUCAACAAGGAGCCGCUCAUUAUUCAUUGGCCAGCACUUCCCAGCCACCAGAAUGAGUGUCGCCUGGCAGGGAAGGGGCAGAGGGGCGAAUGUUUCAACUACAUCCGGCUUAUGCAGCCAUUGAACCGCACUCACCUGUACGUGUGUGGAACAGGGGCCUACCACCCAGUCUGUGCCCUCGUCAACCGUGGCUGGCGCUCUGAAGAGUACCUUUUCCGCAUGGUGCCUCGUUCACUGGAGCCAGGGAAGGGCAAGUGCCCAUAUGACCCCCGGCAGCACAGCACGGCGGUGCUUGUCAAUAACACACUGUAUGCUGGAGUUCAUGUGGAUUUCAUGGGCACUGAUGCUGCUGUGUUCCGAACGAUGGGGCCUCGACCGGCUGUGCGCACCGAGCAACAUGAUUCCCGCUGGCUCUAUGACCCUGUCUUCCUCCACGCCCGCGUCAUCCCCGACAGCUCCGACCACAACGAUGACAAGCUCUACUUCUUUUUCCGUGAGAAAGCGCUUGAGGGUGCCGUGGGGCCUGCUGUGCUCGCUCGGGUGGGACGGGUUUGCCUGAACGAUGAUGGUGGGCAGCGCUCUUUGGUGAACAAGUGGACGACUUUCCUUAAAGCUCGGCUUGUCUGCUCGGUGAUUGGAGAGGACGGCGUGGAGACUUUCUUUGAUGAGCUCCGUGACGUUUUCCUGCUGCCGACUCAGGACGAGAAGCACCCUCUGCUCUAUGGGGUGUUCUCCUCAUUGGGGUCCGUGUUCCGUGGCUCUGCGGUCUGCGUUUACUCCAUGGCCGACAUUCGCACAGUCUUCAAUGGGCCCUUUGCCCACAAGGAGGGACACAACUACCAGUGGGGCCCUUACACGGGACGGGUGCCCUACCCUCGCCCUGGAGCUUGCCCAGGAGGAACCUUCACCCCAGGACUUCGCUCCACACGUGAAUUUUCGGAUGAGCUGGUGACGUUUGUGCGUGCCCACCCUCUGAUGUACAAUGCUGUUUACCCACUGCAGCGCCGCCCCCUGCUUGUGAGGACCAAUGUGCCUUACAGCUUCACCACCUUGGCCGUGGACCUAGUGGAUGCAGUGGACGGGCGCUAUGAGGUUCUCUUUCUUGGGACAGACCAGGGCACAGUGCAGAAGGUGAUUGUGCUGCCGAAGGAACAGGGCAACUUGGAAGAGCUGACCCUGGAGGAGGUGGAAGUGUUCAGGGCUCCAGCGCCUGUGAAGACCCUGUGGAUAUCCUCUAAACGGCAACAGCUGUACGCCUCCUCAGACGUGGGGGUCUCCCAGCUGAGCCUCCAUCGAUGCCGCGAAUACGGUGAAGCUUGUGCCGAUUGCUGCCUGGCCAGGGAUCCCUAUUGCGCUUGGGAUGGGCAGCGCUGCACACGCUACAGCCACACAGCCAAAAGGAGGAGCCGCCGUCAGGACAUCAAACAUGGCGACCCUUUGCGGCAGUGCCGGGGCUUUAAUGCCAAAGUAGAGCAACAAUUACAUGAGCAGGUUCAAUAUGGACUAGAAGGAGGAAGUGUAUUCCUAGAGUGUGAACCUCGAUCUCCCCAUGCCUCCAUCAAGUGGCUUAUGCAAGCUGAUAAUUCUGACAAGCGCAAGGUGCUGCCCCGUGAUCGUGUGUUGCUGCGCACACCCCAGGGUGUGCUUUUAGGCCCAGUGACACCGGCUGAUGGUGGGCUCUACCAGUGCAUAGGCACAGAGAACAGAUUCCGCCACACACUGCGCCGUCUUCGUUUGCACGUACUUCCACAUGCCUUGCUGGAGGGGGCCAUCACCCAGGAGGCCCCUGCUCUUGGCAUUUGCGAGAGCUACUGGCGACAGCUCAACAAAGGCCAGGAUACACGGCGUAGUCGGAGCGGCCGCCAGUCCCACACUGGACCUAGUCUGUGGGACUCGGAACAGCAAAGCAGCUGGUACAGAGCCACCCAGCACUCUCUGAACUGGACCAGAAGUAGUCCCCAGCACUCCCAAAGAAGCAGCAGCAUCAACAGCAGUAGCCGCCGCCGCCAGCACCACCACCGCUCCAAGCCAUGGACAGGCCACCAUUCCCCUCCUCGGAGUUGAGCUUCACGGGAGGGGAAAGAGCGGGGAGAGGAUUUGAACCCACGUUCUCUGGCGUGAGAGAAUGACAUUCCAAGGGACUCUUUGUAAGAGAUGGGUGGAUACAGAGACGGGGGAAACCUCUCUCCUCCUCAAACUGAGGGGACAGCACUGAUGCUAAUAGUGUGUGUUGUGUUGUGUGUCCAGGCUAAUUCCAAGGUUUUGCAGGACCAAGGCUCACUGGCUUUUCCCACAGCUGUAGAUAUAUGACCAGUGCAGAUUCCAGGGGCUUUGGUUUUAGAGUCUAUUUUUUACAAUGCUCAUUCACUCCCACCCACCUACCACCACCACCCCUGCUAACAUGACAAACUGUUUUUCCUACUGUGAUAGGAAAAUGGUGGGGCUUCCUUCAACAUUAACCUCGUGGUUUAUUAUCCCUCUGUUACAGGAGCAGACUGCAGAGAAUAAAAAUGCCAGUUUAUUUUCUAAACAAAAUGCAGAGGGCCAUGGUGAAUUUCUGAAAGUAACAACAUUCCUGCACAGUGAUCCUAAAAUUAUAUUUAAAAUGUAGUUGUAAUGCCCCAUCCAGUUAGAUCAAAGACCUACCGAGAGUGGGAGGGGUCAACACCAGAGAAGGAUAAAAAACAUGUUAUUAAGCUGACUUUUACCUUGGCUACAACACAGGUAUAAAACUGACCCUUACCCUUGAAUGGAAGUAAUCAACAGACAGAUCUAUCCUAGGUUUUGUCUGGUCUCUGGCCAAAUAAGCAAAUACAGUUAAUUUGCAUGAGUGGGAAGACCAAUUGCUCUGUAUAUUUCAAUAUCCAACUUAGGAAAAUACUUUUAUUAAGUGAACCAAAAUGUUAUAAAGGUUUCAAAUUCUUUAGAAUGCUUCUUCGGGUAAACAAAAGCAGGGAGGGGAGAAUUGGCUAGUGUUGAAACCAUGGAGACUACAUUUAGUCAGAAUCGUAAGAUGGAAUGUGGGAGGAUAUAGCAGACAUUCAAAUGAAACACUGCUAGGUAAUUUGCAGGUUUCAUCCAUCAUGUGUGCCUUUUCUCCCAGCAGCCAUAGAUGCAACCUGAAACCUGCAACUAUAGCAUUUUAUUUAAUGUGCUUUAUAUACCGCUUAAUCAUCAAAACCUCAUUGAAUCAUGGAACUGUUCCAUUGGGAGUGUUCCCAAAGUCAUCUAGUCCAACCCCUCCAAGGAAGGAAUCUCAACUAGAUCAUACGAUUCUUUGCCUUGGCAAUGGUUCUCGCAAACACUGCUGGUCACCAGCAGAAUGGGUGCAUUUAUGCCUUUUGCCAUCCUUGGUGGAUUGACUGGGCUCUCAUUUCAUAGUCUGGGGAAACAAGUCAUCAGGCUCAAGUCUCUCAUUUUAAUGUCUGCCACCUCCUUCUACAUGCCACCAUAAGACUGACAAAUGCUGACAUCUACAGUCCCCCCUGCUUUGCUUGCCAUCUAGCCUGAUGAGAGUGUUCUGGAUAACAAUUUUGUGAGAGUUUGGUUGGGUUAAGUUGUUGCUCUAAUGUGAAGUUUGGAAUUUUUCUUAUAAGACAAGGCUACUUUUGCUUAUUAUUAUUUUUUUGAGUCCUGUAUAAAAUGCUUGUUGAACUGAAAUGCA